AUGAGGCGACCAAAUGCCCUUCCGCUGCUUCUUGUGUCUGCUUUACUAGUGACGACUUGCAUUACGGGUCUUCGUCCAUUAAAUGGCGAUUUAGGUGAGGGUCAAAUUGUUCUAUAUCCGACGCCCUUUUUUAUCGUAGACGGUCUCGAUUUCCAGGGCAUGUCACUUGCUUAUUUACAGGAACAAGGUAUUCAUACAAGCAUUGAAGCACAGAGCUGGAUGCACAAGAACAACUACACGUCAUUGCGUGCCAUGAUGGACGAUGAAUCCUUGUAUCAGGUGACGGAGGAGGCCAUCUUUGGAUGUGGUCUUACAAGUCCCAGGACCGAGACGCAGCCUAUUCCGACGAAUGACUCAUUCGUGACCUCGGGCUAUACAUUGGACGGACCGUGUGAGGUCUGGCUCAACGACACCAAAAUGGUCACAGGCCGCAACUGUCAUACGGAGUUUCCCCACGGCCAGCAUCAUCUUAACUACACCAUAUGUGGAGAAUUCUGCACACUCCGGUGGUAUUGGCUCGGCAUCAAGUACAUUGAAGGCAUUUACUCGUGGCAGGUCUACAAGAACUGUAUUAAUCUUUCCAAAACAUCAACGGCGUGA